AUGGAAACUAGCAUCUUUUCACAAGUGGAUAUUGAUGCUGAUGAAAUAAGUCAUUUGGACGAAGAUAAUUUAAUCGGCCAUGGUGCUCAUGGAAAGGUUUAUCGAAUCACGCUGAAGAAAAACAGGAUGGUUUGUGAAGCAAUUAGAGAAAGGAAUGCUAAGUACGAGGAAGCAUUAGAGAGAUUUGAGUCAGUUUUGGGAACAAAGCAGGAGCCCGAUGAAGCAGCAGUGGCAAGUUAUAAUGUUGGUUGUUGUUACUCUAAGCUAAACCAGUUUGGCAUAGUCCACAACACCACGGGCCGCUGCACCUCUAGCCCACAACACCUGGUGAGCCUAGCCUCUGAACCAUCUCUUUUUGGUGGUGGGUGGGAGCCCACAACACCUGGUGAGCCUAGCCUCUGA